AUGCCACCACCACCGCCUCCUCCCCCCCCACCGCCGCCGGGAGGUUUUGGCGGUCCCCCGCCGCCGCCUCCAGGAAAUCUCCCCAAUAGACCGCCAAAAGGGGCAUCUAAAGAUCGGGGCGCACUAUUGUCUGAUAUCCACAAAGGCGCGAAACUGAAGAAGGCAGUCACCAAUGAUCGAUCAGCACCCGUAAUAGGCAAGACAGGAGGAGGUUCUGCAGCUCCUCCUCCUCCUGCGGGCGCGCCUCCCGUUCCUGGCAUGAGGCCCCCAGCUGGCCUUGCACCACCUGUUCCUUCCGGCCAAGCCGCGAACCGAUUGCGAAGCAACAGUGAAGGGGUUUCCGUUGGAGGUGAUGCGGCCGGUUCACCAGCAGCUCAGCUAGGAGGUCUAUUUGCAGGUGGAAUGCCCAAGCUACGGAGUCGUGGAGGUGUUGAUACAGGUGCCAAUCGAGAGUCGUCAUAUAUGUCUGAUAGUGAAGUACGACGACCGCCUGCUGCCCCGGCACCUAAACCUCCAACAGCACCCAGACCUCCUGGGGCCAGGCCACCCCCCCCUCCACCUUCCACAGAGUCACCACCUGCACCGCCGGUAAACCCUCUUGUUGCCGGCUUGAAAAAGCCUCCCCCAAGACCUGCUUCAAGACCCUCGUCUACGGUCUCUGCACCGGCUGCAAAGGCCCCAGAAGUGCCUCCUCCGCGCGCACCUCCCCCACCACCAGGCAAGGUUCCUCCUCCGCCUGUGUCGAGAAAACCGUCUGGUGCCCCGCCACCUCCCCCAGCAGCUCCCGCGAGUCGGGCGCCUCCCCCUCCGCCGGCCCCGUCCAGAUCAACACCUCCACCACCUCCUUCAGCACCUCCAUCAGUCGCCGCACAGGCUGCCCGCUCCGCCCUGGGUCAUCAAUCACCUUUAGCGCCUCCUCCACCUCCAUCAGCUGCACCAGGAGCUCCACCACCACCGCCUCCUUCAGCCCCGUCUCCCGUCUCCCACCCUCCGUCUCAUGAACCUUUUGCUGCCCUGGAUCCCAGUGCUUACACACUCACCAAUGGCGGAUUAUCCCCUUCGCCAAGCUCUCGCAGUCCCUCAACACAUGCCGCAGUCCGAAUAGAAGAUACUCGAUUCAAGUUCCAAGGCGAUGGAUUGCUGCCCAAGCCACGACCGUUUGUCGGUGGAGACCGCAGAUACCGUGCUGGAAGAGGCAGCAGUGUUCCAUUGGACUUGGCUGCUCUGAGAGGUUGA